CUUAAUGAAGUAGCCAGCGCGACAGACCCAGAGCCCUAGACCAAAAUGGCUUUCCAGGUGGAAGGGCUGAUAGCGAUCGUGGUGUUCUACCUUCUCAUACUAUUGGUUGGAAUAUGGGCUGCCUGGAGAACCAAAAACAGUGGCAGCGCGGAGGAGCGCAGCGAAGCCAUCAUCGUGGGCGGCCGAGACAUCGGGCUGCUGGUGGGUGGAUUCACCAUGACAGCCACCUGGGUCGGAGGAGGUUACAUCAACGGGACAGCCGAAGCAGUGUAUGUACCAGACUAUGGUCUGGCUUGGGCUCAGGCACCAAUUGGAUAUUCUCUUAGUCUGAUUUUAGGUGGUCUGUUCUUUGCGAAACCCAUGCGUUCUAAGGGGUACGUGACCAUGUUAGACCCAUUUCAGCAGAUCUACGGGAAGCGCAUGGGCGGGCUCCUGUUCAUCCCCGCACUGAUGGGGGAGAUGUUCUGGGCUGCGGCCAUCUUCUCUGCCUUAGGAGCCACCAUCAGUGUGAUCAUUAACACGGAUGUGCACGCGUCCAUCAUCGUCUCCGCACUGAUCGCCACUCUGUACACGCUGGUGGGCGGGCUCUACUCCGUGGCCUACACGGAUGUGGUCCAGCUCUUCUGCAUCUUUGUGGGACUGUGGAUCAGUGUCCCCUUUGCGCUCUCUAACUCUGCGGUCGCCGACAUCGGGUUCACGGCCCUACACACCAAGUACCAGAAGCCUUGGCUGGGGACCAUUGAGUCCUUUGAAGUCUACACAUGGCUUGACAGCUUCCUGUUGUUGAUGCUGGGAGGAAUCCCGUGGCAAGCCUACUUCCAGAGGGUUUUGUCUUCAUCCUCAGCCACCUAUGCCCAAGUGCUGUCCUUCCUGGCAGCUUUCGGGUGCAUGGUGAUGGCCCUGCCACCCAUACUCAUUGGAGCCAUUGGGGCAUCAACAGACUGGAAUCAGACCACCUACAAGCCUGACACCCCCAAGGACAACCAACAGGCAGACAUGAUCUUGCCCAUUGUCCUGAAGUACCUCUGCCCCAUGUACAUUUCUUACUUUGGUCUCGGUGCCGUCUCUGCUGCUGUCAUGUCAUCAGCGGACUCUUCCAUCUUGUCAGCAAGUUCUAUGUUUGCUAGAAACAUCUACCAGCUCUCGUUCAGACAAAACGCUUCCGACAGGGAGAUCGUCUGGGUCAUGCGGAUCACAGUAUUCGUGUUUGGUGCGUCUGCAACAGCCAUGGCCUUGCUGACCAAGACCGUGUAUGGGCUCUGGUACCUCAGCUCCGACCUCGUCUACAUCAUUAUCUUCCCACAGCUGCUCUGUGUGCUCUUCAUCAAGGGGACCAACACGUACGGGGCCGUGGCAGGUUAUAUUGCUGGGCUUUUCCUGAGGGUAACCGGUGGAGAGCCAUACCUGAACCUGCAGCCCUUGAUCUUUUACCCUGGUUAUUACGUUGAAAAAAAUGGUAUAUAUAAUCAGAGAUUCCCAUUUAAAACCCUUGCCAUGCUCACCUCCUUCUUAUCCAACAUUUGCAUCUCUUAUCUAGCCAAAUAUCUAUUUGAAAGUGGAACCUUGCCACCAAAAUUAGAUAUGUUUGAUGCUGUUGUUGCAAGACACAGUGAAGAAAACAUGGAUAAGACCAUUCUAGUCAAAAAUGAAAACAUUAAAUUAGAUGAACUUGCACCUGUGAAGCCUCGGCAGAGCCUAACUCUGAGCUCGACUUUCACCAAUCAGGAGGCCUUCCUCAACAUAGAUUCCAGCCCAGAAGGUUCUGGGACAGAAGACAAUUUGUAAUAACCCCAUCUGCAUAAAACACUGCUUUCUCACACAGAGCACUCUAGCAGGCUAGUCCUAGAAUGGUGGUUUGCAGCAUAUAAAAAUAUAUAUUUUAAAAAAUAGUGUUCAGGAGGACAAGAGUCCAGGUCAUAGUGCAGUUACACCAAUCCAAGGCAAGCCAGAAGGAAGCAGCCCUGAAGCAGCCACUUUCUCUCCCAUGGAUCCUUCUCAUCCUCACUGGCAAUUUGAUGCCAGGUAGUCUUGCUCAGUAUUCAAACGUGAAUAAAGCCCCACGCAAAGAACAGAGAGCCAAAUGGAGCCUCCAUCUUUAUUUCGGAAAGAGGAAGUAGCUGUAAAAGAGACUGGAUCAUCGUGAUCCCAACCUUGUUUGCAAAUGCACCACGAGUCUAGUUUCUCAAGCCACAGUUAUGAGAAAAAGUCACCAUCCCUCCAGCGAAUGGGGCAGUGAGUUAAUCAGCUCAUUUUCUUGAUGUGAAGAGUAAUUCCUUCUUUCGUAGUCUGAACUACCCCCUUUGCUGAAUAUGCAUUUUGUUUUUCCUUGUAGCAGUUGCAGGUGUAUUAUUCUGAGCACAGGAGGAGCAAAUACAAAGAGCAUUGCGUAGCAGCAUUUCUUGACACGCAGGAGGAUAGGAAGGUAGAGUCAUCUUAAUAGAGGAAUCUGGUUCCUCUGAGUGUGUCUACCACUACCGUAUUCAUUGGGGAAAGUGCCUGCAGCGAGGAAGGCAUGAUCGUUACACAGCCUUACAGCAAUAAAUCGAAACGGCCAUCAAGCAAAAAGUGACAGGAGCAACGGAGGGCUGAAGUUUGUAAAGUUUCUGCUUCAUGAGAAAAGAAGCAAUCCCUUGACUUACUACCCAAAUGAGUCCUAGAACUGAAAUGGAGCCAUUGAGGCUACACACCAAUUAAGGUUAGUGAAAGACAAACCACCAUCCUCCCCCCUACCAUAGUCGCAGAAAAAAAAAAAAAAAACACUCAGUUUUAGAUGUUCAUUAAUGAGGAUGAUUUAGUGUCAGGAGAGCUGCUCUGUGGCACCUUUUUGGCAAAAGCUAGUCUUAGGUACAGGACAAACCACCACUACAGAUGGUAUAGAGUGAACUUCAAGAUGCAGAAGAAAGCAGAGAGUAAAAGUCCUAAAGGGAAGAAGCCAUCAACUUGAACAUUUGGUGUCUACAUAACUUUCAUGAGG